AGAAAACAUGGGACUCUAUUCUUCAUCACGUGGCCCUCUGGCCUCGGCACUACUGCUUUGCUUUUGCAUGCUGCUUCUGGGAGUACAUGGAGGAUCUCGCAGGCUUUAUAUCGUCUACCUAGGAGAUGUGAAACAUGGACACCCGAAUGAUGUCAUCGCUUCGCACCAUGAUCUACUCAGCAACGUUCUUGGAAGCAUGGAAGAUUCUUUGGCUUCCAUGAUUCACAACUACAAGCAUGGCUUCUCAGGCUUCGCAGCCAUGCUUACUGAAGACCAAGCUAAGCAGCUUGCAGAGUUCCCGGAUGUCAUUAGUGUCCAACCCAGCAGAAGGUGCAGGGCAGCGACCACUCGAAGCUGGGACUUCCUCGACCUGAACUACCAAAUGCCCAAUGACCUGCUCAAUAAAGGCAGAUUUGGAGAGGACAUAAUCAUCGGAGUUGUUGAUUCGGGUAUCUGGCCGGAGUCGAGAAGCUUCAGCGACGAAGGGUACGGGCCCGUGCCGUCCCGCUGGAGAGGCGUAUGCCAAGUCGGUCAGGGCUGGGACCUCAACAACUGCAGCCGCAAGAUCAUCGGCGCACGGUUCUACAGCGCCGGGCUGGACGAGGAGGAGCUCAAGGCCGACUACCUCUCACCCCGGGACGCGAACGGCCACGGCACGCACACGGCCUCCACCGCAGCAGGCUCUGUCGUGGAGGGUGCCAGCUUCCAUGGCCUCGCCGCAGGCGUCGCGCGAGGUGGCGCGCCCCACUCUCGCAUUGCCGUCUAUAAAGCCAUCUGGAAUACUGCCGACGACGAUACUUCUGGUAGCGACGCCGCGCUGCUCGCGGCCAUCGAUGAUGCGAUACACGACGGAGUGGACGUGCUCUCACUGUCAGUUGGUGGUUUCAGUGACAACUCGUUCGGCGCCCUACACGCGGUUCAGAAGGGGAUCACUGUCGUGUACGCGGCCGGGAACGAUGGGCCUAGUCCGCAGACUCUUGAGAACACGUCUCCGUGGGUCAUCACCGUCGCGGCGAGCAAAAUCGAUCGGUCGUUUCCGACCGUGAUCACGCUGGGUAACAAGCAACAGAUUGUGGGACAAUCUCUCUACUACCAAGGGAAGAACUCAUCCAGGAGCAUUUUCAGAAGUCUCGAAUACGGAGGCUUAUGCACGGCGGAUGAUCUAAACGGUACCGAUUUGAAAGGGAAAAUUGUGCUUUGUGCCACACCAAAUUCACCAAGGGUGAAGGGACCGUCUGCAGUACUCGGACAAGCGUUUCAAAAUGUCCGAGAUGGAGGGGGCUCUGGUCUUAUUUUCGUUCAAUAUACGACUGACAUUCUGCAAGAAUCUGUAGGCAUGCCAUGUGUCCUUGUGGACAUUGACACUGGUAAAAAGAUCAGACAAUACAUCGACGCGGGCAGCUCUCCCGUGGCAAAGAUUGAACCGGCCCGAAGCAUUACAGGUAAAGAGAUCCUGGCACCAAAAGUGGCAUCAUUCUCGUCGAGAGGUCCAUCACCCGACUACGCUGAUAUUAUCAAGCCUGACAUAGCUGCACCUGGAGCCAGCAUCUUAGCAGCAACGAAAGACUCCUAUAGGCUCGAGUCGGGGACAUCAAUGGCUACCCCUCACGUUACUGGCAUCAUCGCGCUGCUGAAAGCUCUGCAUCCAAGUUGGUCUCCUGCUGCACUGAAAUCCGCCAUCGUCACCACAGCAUCUGUAACUGAUGAACACGGCAUGCCGAUGCUGGCGGAAGGAUUGCCCCGAAAGAUCGCCGACCCAUUUGACUAUGGAGGUGGGCACAUCAACCCUAACAGAGCAGCUGAUCCUGGCCUUAUUUAUGACAUCGAUCCGAACGAGUACAACCACUUCUUUGGUUGCACCGUCACGAAGACUUCCGCAAGCUGCAAUGCUACAUCUGUACCAGGGUAUUUCCUGAACCUGCCAUCCAUCUCGGUUCCAAACCUGAGGUAUCCAGUCAGCAUAUCGAGAACCGUCACAAAUGUAGGCGAGGUCGAUGCAGUCUACCACGCUGCAAUAGAGAGCCCAGCUGGAGUCAAGAUCGAAGUUGAGCCGUCUGUUCUUGCAUUCAAUGCUGCAAACAAAGUUCAUACAUUUCAGGUCAAGAUAUCACCUAUGUGGAAGUUACAAGGGGAUUACACAUUUGGCAGCAUUACUUGGUACAAUGGUGAAAAGACAGUGCGAAUUCCAGUAGCAGCCCGGAUCACAAUUCAUGAUUUCUUUGCAGAUGUUGCAUAACUAGGGGGAAACAUACAGGCGACAUCAUACUGUUCUUGUAUAUUUUGAAGGAACUAUCAUAAUGUUUUGAAUUUUGAGCACUGUACACAAAACAAAAAUAAGAAAUACCAAAUUCCAUUAUGGCUUUA